UUUCACUUGUCAGAUAAGUAUCCAAAUUUGACAUUUCCCCAAUGGUAGAAAAAAUAUUAUAAAAAUAUGAAUUUUCCAUGAAAUAAUAGUUAUGCUGAUAGAUUUAUUUGGCCCGCAUUUAUCACAGCCUACAAAAUUAUCUUUCCAAAAUGUGACAACUAUACUGAGCAAUUUCGUCAUACUUCGCAAUACGUCAAAGAUACCAUAACUUCUCCAGCUGAUUGUGUAUAAAAUUAUGAGUUUCCGCGUGCAAGGCCAGUAUUCAGUCGUUCACCGUAGCCGAUAGCUGUCGGCUCCUCAUUCGCAUUUCGAAUAUUGAGAUAGAAGUAUUUUUUGUGUGUGUGAUAUUGGCCGGUAACCUUGGUUUUUGUGUGCGGCAGCGAGUACCUAGUACAAUUAAAAAAGUUAAACUAGUUGGUCACGAUGUUGAAGAGUGCGUCUAAAGUGACAAUAAAUACAGGCAAUGUGCUGAACUUGAUUGAUAUCAAGAAGAAGGCAGGACAAAAUGUUACAGAGGAGCUUUCAGAAAGCAUCAAACUAACUCUCUCCGAAUGGGGAACACAGAAUAAAUUCCCCGUGCAAAACGGCGUGGGACCUCCAACUGGUCAUCCACAGACAUCACAGCAUACCUCAGACUUUCUAGUGGUGUCAGCAUCGACAGCGCCCAAAACAGAAGCAGUUAUCAACAUCACCAGGCCCCACGAUGACGUACAAAACAAAAUGGCGGAAGAGGAGAGGAAGAAUCUAAAGAUUGGUGUCAAGAUAUUCAUAAAUGAAGACAGCACUUCAGCUUUAACGGAAUGUUUGGAAAAUGUGUUCACAGCCCUGCACACAGCGUACAUAGACAACGUGAUCCUGGCUUACAACCCCGACGUACUGAACCGUGACGAUGCUACAGAUGACACCAACAUCAAGACCCCCUACGUCACGAAGGCUUCACCCAUCUCCAUGGGCAGCAAUGUUCGCAUGUCGAGUUCCGAGGUGGAGGCUGACAACGACGCGGACGCGCGCAAGUGCGAGGCCAUCCUGCCCGGGAUCAAGAUCCUGUGGGCCGUGCUUGAGGACUUCGUCAAAGAAGGGCGCGUCCACCAGCUGGGCGUGGCGGACGUGGGCGGCGGCUGCCUGCGGCGGCUGCACGCGUGGGCGCGCGUGCGGCCCGCCAUCGCGCAGAUCAACCUCGCGUCCUGCUGCGUCGUGCCGCCCUCGCUGCACGCCUUCUGCCGCGCCAACGAUGUCCAGCUGCUGACACACGCUGACCCACCUGACCUACUGUCAAUAGCGGCAGGCAAAACCCUGUCCGAAGACGGCGUCGGCUGCGACAACCUGGACUGGUGCGCGCGCUACCAGGUGCACAUCAAGUGUAGAGGCGUGUUGGCCCUCAAGGGCUACGUGUGCAAGGCAACACUCGCCAACGCAGGCAAAAUAGUCAAUAAAUAGCACUAAUACAUACUAAAUAAUGUAACUAAGGUAUUUAUUUAAGCUGACUUUUGUUGCGCCACAGUUGGCCUAUACUUGUCCAACUGUUGCGCCACAGUUUGGCCACAACUGCGCCAUAAUUGUUAAUUUAGCCCCAGUUUAAACCAGUUGCCAUUUUUAAGAUUGGCGGUUUGUAACGAAUAAGACAAAGGGAUGGGUGGGAAGGGUUAAUCUCUUGAUUUAAAACGAAUUUUAAUUGAUAAUAGUGUAUUAAAAUAAUUUACAGCAUCAUUAUAAAUUAUAAUUAUGUUAAAAACGAUUCAAUAAAGGUCGCAAACAAAGUUUUAUACAAGUUUAUUUUGUCUUUUUUAUUUCUGGCAACAAACAAGAUAAAUUACCAUGAUAUACUUUAAUUUUGGGAAUAAUUAAUAAUAUUAACAUAAGCAGUAACUGCCAACUUAAUUCUGUUACACGAAAACAAACCUUAUUGCAUAGUACAAAAAGUCGGGAUUUGAUGGUUACGAUGGGAAGUAACAUACACUAUCAGGCUGUGAGAUGGGAUGCUAAAUGUAUUGCAAGUUAACAACUAUUUAGAUUGAAUAAAAUGUUACCUGUUAUGAAAAAAAAUGUUGAUUACAAUAUUCAGUAGAUGUUAAUGAUCUACCAAAAUCUCUUCAAGUAAUACUUGUGGAAACGAGAUGCCGUUUAUACGAUGUCUCAUUUCAUAACUGUGACUCUUUUAGGACUUAAUACUACAGAUAUACUACUGCAUUUGUGAUAAGUAACAUUAGUACUUAUUUCAUAAGUAAGAGGAGUAUUUAAAAAUAUAAACCCAAGUUUCUGGAAGAUUGAUUAAUUAAUUUUGUUAUCAAGUCUACUAAUCACUGCCGAGAUUGUCUGACCAAGAGACUUAAUACCAAUAAGAGUUACUUGAGGACAUUCAAUUCCCUUCUUGUCAAUCCGGUUUUAGAGCUGAGGGAUAUUUUAACUCAAAUAAUUUAUGCAUUUAAAGAUUGUUCAAUCGUAUAUGAGUGGUCUAUAUAUAGCUCUAUUGCAUUUUAAACCAGAAAAGCUUAAGAUACUGCCAAUACUCCUCUUACUUAUGUAAAUAAGUAAUAUAUUAUUAUAAAAGUAUUUUCAUGCAGUUGGUCACAGUUUUAAUAGUUGAUUGUAACGGUUAGGGGUUUGCGGACAUGUAAUCUCAUCGGUUUAUUUGACUCUUAUUGUGAAAGUGUCUUUGUGAACACGGUUCUUUAAACAAUGCAAUAUUAAACAUAUUAUUUGUUACUCUUACCAUAACUUUGAUUUCUGAAAGGCUUGGGGACUAUUUAUCUCUACCUAAACAACAUGUAAAAGGGUUAUUAUUUCUGAGCUAGCAUUCCAGCGGAAAGCAGCGUAGCGCGGCUCUCUUACACAAAUUCUAUAAUAUUACAUAGUAAAAGAAAUAUUGAAUCAUCAUCUAAGACUAAAAGAUUAUAAUAUAGAUAUUGUCCUGUUAUAAUGCAACCCCUGGGCAACGUCUUAUUCCCGUAUGAAAGAAUUAACUAUCACGUUUUAUUGAUGCAUUUAAAAAUAUAAAAUUGACUUAGAAAUCAAAGUUGGUGUGGGAGAAUUUGAAUUCAAAUCCAAACCAGUACAAACUCCAAUACUCCAUUCCAGUAUAAAAAAUCUAAAAUCAACCUUACUGUCAUAGAAAUAAAGGUGCAGUUAGUAUCAAGACUUCAUUGAGACAAUAGGGGACAUUCAUAGGCUAGUGUUAUGUUCAGGCGAAAUCACUGUUCUAUAUUUCUGCCUACUUAAAUAAGUUUCAACCGGUAUAAAAUGCAUUUGUCCCAAUACUUAUAAAAAAAUUAACUUAAAGGAAAUCUUAUACUAGGUACUUAAUACGUCACUUAUGACCGUUAAUUGAAAAUUAGGAUUCUGAAUUUAAAUAAACGUCAAAUCUGACAGUUCGACUAUUUACUUAACUUUUAGGCACUACAUUUUUGGUUAAAAAAAAUGUUCAGCCUUAAAUGAUUUAAGUUUAAUUAACAUCUAUGACAUAUUGUAAAUAUUGUUAUAGCCAUUGUUUAGAAUAAUUUGGUAGAUAUUGAACUAAUAAGCUUUGAUUCUUAGUGCCUGAAAUUAUGAUAAAGAUACGCAUGACUUAAACAUUACUUUAAACACAUAAAAAUGUAAAAAUGUUAUCAGAAAUUCUAAAACAUAUAAUGUAAGAUGAAACCCGAAUUGUUUUAAAAUUAAAGUAUUUAUUGAA